AUGGCUCCGUCGCAAGCUUUCCACCGCAUGCCUCUCGGAUUUGGCCCGUGUCCAGGUCCCAGGCAAACGGUCCAGGGAGAGAAAGUCAGUGGAUGGAACAACGCUAAAUCCACGACCUACACUGUUGUAUUUCUUGCGCCCACGAACCAAUUGCAGGAUCUCCUACCCUCGGCUUGCUUCCAAAUUGAGCCGAGCAAAGACAGCCCGGGUUUGGCAACCGCUUCUAUUUCGUUCACUCGGUUAGAAAAUCUACCAUGGCUUGCUGGACGAGGUUACAGUCUUUGCGGUCUCUAUAUACACAACGUUGUGUGCCAUGGGCGCGACGAAGUCGUGAGUGGGAAGUACCUGAGCGUUAUGUUCGAAAAUCGCCCGGAUCCGAUCAUCAGCGGCAGAGAAGAGUUGGGAUAUGCCAAGCUAUUUUCAUCUUUGGACGAAAAAGAGAAUGAUCAAAACUUCUCUUUGCUGAUGGGCUGGGAAGGAACCGUCUUUGGCGAGGUUGCCAUUAACAGCCUUUCGCAAGACGUCCCUUCAGAUCCGACGUUGCUUUCUCACCUCAAAACUGAAAAUAUAUUGCACUACAAGUACAUCCCGCGCACCGGCAACCCGGGAGAGGCCGACGUUGAAUAUCCAACCGUGACUCCUGGCGCUCCGGCCGGAUCAAGUCAGAUAGAAACACAGCUCUUCUCUCUCAGCGCGACACUGAAAUUCAGCUCUCACGGCUUUCAAUUGCUGCCUACUUUGCAUCACAUCACGGAGAAACUGGCGAACAUUGAACCAAUCGAAAUCCUGGGGGCUGGCAAAGUCACUGCUAAGGGAGCAGACGAUAUUAGCGGCCAGCGCCCCAUCAUCACUUAA